CUUUUACGCGGCCCAACUUUUACGAUGAAUUUGUUUAUUAACUUUGAAAAGUUACAAUGGUUUGUUUGGGAUAAUUGCUUUUUUCGAACUUUGUGAUGACGUUUAGUGAGCGAGAAUGGUUCCGAGUAAAGCAAGUGCGCAUUUGAAAAGAAGAAAUUUGAGAUUGGUGUUAAUUAACUGUUUCCAGGUUACCAGUACGAAAUAACACAUUCGCUUUGAUUUAUUUCAACAAGCUGAAUAUAAAACGACAGCCUUGCGCUCGUGAAUGGGAGGUGGGGGGCGUCUGGCGCGAGCACGCGUCUUGCUCACACGUAAAGUUACAGCAUCGCAAUCUAUGAAAAGCGCGUACAUUCAGACCUGUGACAGACAGCAUCCAGGAACGGAUUAAUUAAUUUGAAUCAAACGAGAAGAUUCAAACGUCUUAAAGUGCCGCGUCAGCUGAUUGCCGUCUCCGUUCCUUUAUUUUCGUCAAAAAUCGAAAUAUGAUUUCUUAUUUAGCUGUAGAGAACUGAUGAGAACAUAUAAAAAUCAUCCUGUGAUCUGGCACUCUUGAAUGACUGAAACUGUCGAAAGGAGGGAAAGGUGCGAAGAAAGCCAUAAAAAAAGUGCGAGUGUCGUAAAGCGCCGCGAAGCGGAAGGAAGUGGCAAGCGGCACGAGGUCGAGAGUCUAAAGCAGCGAUCUCGUCUUUGAAGGAAGAAGAGAUCAGACUACGGCAACGACAGCGGCGAUGGCCGCGGCAGCGCAAGCCGCAGCGAUGUCGUCGUCGGUGGCGGCGGCUGAUUUGAAAUUGAAAUGGCGCGGUUUCGAGCGAGGAGCGAUGAGCGCGCUCGUCAGCGGCCAGCAGUGAAGUGCAUCCGCUGCGAGAUGUCAUAUCUGGCGGCGACGACGAUCCUGCCGGAGGCAAUGCUGGACGUCCAGGACCAGUGCAACGAGUCGAACGUGCUCAACGCCAGCGCCUCGCCGCUCGACUGCCCCGAAGUCAGCUACACGCCCUACGGACAGAGGGUGGAGACCUAUGUUGUGCCCGUGGUUUUUGCCUGCAUCCUCGUCGUCGGCGUCCUGGGCAACACGGUCCUCAUCAUCACCAUUUGCCGGCACGCCACUAUGCGCAACGUACCCAACACUUACGUUCUGUCGCUUGCCAUCGGAGACCUCCUCGUGAUACUGAUUUGCGUCCCGUUCACCUUUGCCGUUUACGUGCUCGACUCAUGGCCUUUCGGAUUGGCGCUCUGCAGACUGUCCGAGUUCGCCAAGGACGUUUCCGUUGGGGUGUCGGUCUUCACUUUGACUGCCCUGUCGGCCGAUCGCUUCUUCGCCAUUGUCGAUCCCAUGAGAAAACUGCACGCCACAGGUAGCGGGAAACGAGCAAAGUGGUUCACAAAAAUAGUGGCGUUUUUAAUCUGGAUGCUGGCGACGUUCUGCGCGAUACCCGCGACCUUCUCGUACAUUCGUGUAUUCAAGGUCAACAAGAACGUCACGUUUUUGACUUGCUAUCCAUUCCCGGACCAAUUCGGACCAAACUACCCUAAGACAGUGGUGAUCUGCCGAUUCUGCAUCUUUUACGUGGUACCUCUGAGCAUCAUAGCCGUGUUCUAUAUACUGAUGGCCAGACACCUGAUGCAGAGCACCCGAAACAUCCCUGGAGAAAAGCAGGGCCAGGCGAAGCAAGUAAAAGCACGCAAGAAGGUGGCAAAAAUGGUAAUCGCAUUCGUGGCAGUAUUCGCAAUAUGCUUCUUGCCGCAGCACGUGUUCAUGCUCUGGUUUUACUCGGACCCUGACGCACAAGAAAACUACAAUGCGUUCUGGCAUUGCUUUCGCAUUCUCGGCUUCUGCCUGGCCUUCAUGAACAGCUGCAUCAACCCCAUCGCAUUAUACUGCGUCAGCGGCACAUUCCGCAAGUAUUUCAACAGAUAUCUGCUGUGCUGCUGCUGCUGGUCUGCGAGACGAGCGGUCUCGCUGUCGUCGUUGAACCGCCGAGGACAGAGUUUCUCCUUCACGACCUCGCGACGUCACACGAGCUCACGCCGUGGCGGAGCCCACAGUGUCGUGCACAUGGCCAGUUGGCAGCCUGGCAAUGUCGUGGAGAUGACCAGUCGCGAGAGAUCGACGCCGCAGGAACCCGAGACCACCGUCACCGUCUUCCAAAACGGCCACGAGCAGCGCAUAUGAGAUCCGGCUUGCCGGGGCGUACGUUGGAGGGCUGUUGGCGCGGUAACAGAAAAGCCGCCGAAUAGCAAUCGCGAUCCAAGCGAUAACUCCAUUCUCGACGACGAAGUCAUCAGCUUUUUUCCCCGAUCGGUUAAGCUUAUUUAUCGCGCGCCGACACACUAUUGCAAUUGAGAUGUACGUGCGCGCGUGUGUAUAUGUUUGUCUGUGAAACUAUGGCCGACAACCGUUGUAUUUAUACUUUUUUUGUAUAGGCUUUCAGCAGCAGUAAUGAGCCUUGUGAAUUUUUUCCGUCCCGGGCGGACUUUCGUUAUCGUCUUAUAAAUAAGAAUUUAUGUGUAAUAACGAAUGUCUUUGUAAAAGUGAUUGGUGUAUUGAUAAUUGUUUGUUUAAUUAACUGAAAUGUUUAUAUAAUAAUUGUGAUACGAUGAACAUUAUCAAUAUUUUCACCUUUUAAUCCAGACCAAAAUGUUAAUGCAAUUAAUCGUAUAUUAGAUAAAUUUAUUAAACGUUAUGUAGAUAUUGUAGCAGCUUCAUUGUAUGAUGACAAACUUAAA